AUGAUCUUGCGACACACUGCCUGGAGGAAGGCGACAAUCAUCACGGAGGCAUCAGUCAGGACAAAAUGCAGUAGCUCAAAUGGCUCAACGGCAGCAUCUUCUGCCACCCAGAACUUCCGCGUGGCGUCCCCAAAAGAUGAGAUCUCGCAGGGCUAUCUCAAGGAACACUACGCCUCUAUCUCCAAAAAAGCUCAGCAGAAGAGGUCACGGGACAGGGAUUUCUAUGUUUCUGUCCUAGAGUCUUCUUCAGCUACAAAACGAGAUGCGAAGCUCUACCUCCAGACAUUCGGCCCAACGGUGACGAAGAAUCCUUCCCAGCUCUCAUCAGGAGAGACGACGAGUGGUGGUGCUCUGCCCAGCUCAGCUCUCCGUGUGGAUCCGUUGACCAACGGGACUCGGUCCAUCUACGAGACGCCUCGGUUCGUCCAGGGAUCCGACACCGCGAAACAAGCUAUCGUUGACGGGCUGCCGCACGUCGCCAUCAUCAAAUUCAGACUCCCGCAGGAUGUCGAUGACGGUACCCUGAGAGGUGUCGCAAAGACAAUCGCCCAGCUCAGGGCCCUCGGGCUUCUCAGCGUGGUUGUCCUGGACUGCGAGCUCAAGCCUGACGAUACACAGUGGUCACGCCGACUGAACGAGCAAAUUUACCGGCUCGCUGGCGCCAUUGAUGAAUAUGGAGAGCCUUGGACGACCAUCGUCGAUGCGGCACUUAUGACACGAGCUGAUUCCUCUCCGAACCUGGAGCCUCUGCUAGGUUCGUGCGAGGUGCUCGUUGACGAGGACAGGUCCCUCUUGGUGUCGUUGUUGAAGGGCUCCGUCGCCAUCGUUCCGCCUGUCGUCCAAGAGGAGGAUGGAAAAUCCCGGCCCGUUGACCCCAGUAAUGCUGUUGUUUCUAUCACACGUUAUCUGUCUGGCCUGCAAUUUGCGGAGAGUCCUGAGACUGGAGCUGAUACGCACGACAUGAAACCGCCUGCGAAGAAAGCUUUCGUCGACCGGGUCAUCGUAUUGGACCCCCUUGGGGGCAUUCCUGCCAAGAAUCGCUGGAACAACGCCCAUGUAUUCCUGAAUCUGGAGGACGAGCUUGAGGCGGCCAAGGCACAUUUGCAGUCUAUGGCUUCGGACUCGACUUACCCUCAGCAAACGAGUGUUAAAGGAAUUGCCGACAGCACCAAUCCAUCGGAAGCCCAUCUCAAGAAUCUCGACUUGAUCAAGAAAACUCUGGCCAUCUUGCCUUCCACUUCAUCAGCUCUCAUUACAACGCCACGGGAAGCUGCCAACUUACAACCUCAGGUUGAAGAAGCGAGCACCGUGGACUUUGUUGGCUCGGUGGGGACCAGGAGGAGCCACAACCCAUUGAUCCACAACCUCCUCACGGACAGACCAUCGCACUCAUCAUCCUUACCCCUCGGGCGCAUCAAGCCUAUCCUCCGGAAUGCGAACCCUGCAUCGAACCCUGUCAUGUCACCCACCACACUGGCCAAACGAGGCAUGCCCGUAACCAUAUAUCCAGAGCCAUCCUCACGAGGGUGGACACCGCCUAGGCCUGGCGAGCCCAGGCUCAAGCUCACCGACACGUGCGUCGACCUGGGGCGGCUUGUCCACCUCAUCGACGACUCCUUCAACCGGAAGCUGGACGUCCAGGACUACCUCCACAGGGUAGAGAAGAGCUUAGCGGGGAUCAUCAUCGCAGGCGAGUACGAAGGCGGAGCCAUCUUGACGUGGGAGCGCCCCUUCGGCAUGGACGAGCAGACACUCUACGAGAGCGGGCGCCUGGUACCGUAUCUCGACAAAUUCGCCGUUCUCAAGAAGAGCCAGGGCGCUGGGGGCGUAGCAGACAUUGUCUUCAAUGCCAUGGUGCGGGACUGCUUUCCCGAGGGUGUCUGCUGGCGGAGCAGGAAGAACAAUCCUGUGAAUAAGUGGUAUUUUGAGCGCUCGAGGGGGACUAUGAAGCUGCCGGGUUCAAAUUGGUCCAUGUUUUGGACAACGCCGAAUGUGGUCCUGCAGGAUCAGCGGAUCAGAGAUUAUGAAGAUGUAUGUCGGAACAUACAGCCGUCGUGGGCUGACAACAAGCAUGUUGUUGACUAGGGAGAAUAAGAAAAGAGAGGAUGAAGAGAGUGCAAGGAAAAGAGAAAGUUUCUUGGGCUGUUGCCCUUUGG